AUGGCGUCGGAAGAUGACGAUGAGACGAAACUCGCCUACUACCACGGGCACCUGCUCGACGAGGACGCCGACAAGCUGCUCAAGGACGAUGGCGACUACCUGCUGCACUGUCGCUUCGAGAAGGGCCAGGCCAAGCCGCGCUACUGCCUCGUCGUCCGCGCCAAGGAGGAGAACCGGCGAUACAUGGUCAAGCGCAGCGAGAAGGGCUUCAAGAUCACGGGCCACGCGCGCGUCUUCACCUCCAUCCUCCAGAUGAUGGACCACUUCAUCUCGAAGGGCAUUGACGACCACACCCUCGAUCGGCCGAUCGGCCGCAGCAAGUUCCAGCUGCACCACAAGGACAUUCGACUCGUCAAAAAGCUCGGCGCCGGCGCCUACGGGACCGUCUACAAGGGCGUGCUCGUCCAGAAAACGUCGAAGGCCCCGUCAAAAGAGGGCAAAUCCCAGGGGCGACUCUCCCGCUCGCCAGCUCACGGCAGCUCCGAUGAAAAGGUGCGAAAGACGGUGGCGGUGAAGCGCAUCGAGUCCGAGGGCACCGACGAGCAGGCACUCACCGACAUGAUGAAGGAGGCGCGCGUCAUGCAGUUGUACUUCCACAACAACAUUGUCAAGUUCUACGGCUACAUCAUCGACCGCAAGCCCUACCUGCUCGUCAUGGAGUAUUGUGACGGCGGCAGUGUCGAGGACCGGCUGCGCGACGAUGGCGACAGCAUCACGAUCCCGACGCGCAUCGACUGGACCCACCAAGGGUCGAUUGGCCUCGAAUAUCUGCACUCCAAAAACUGCAUCCACCGCGACAUUGCCACGCGCAACUGCCUGAUCCACCAGAAUGCCCUGAAGCUCGCCGAUUUCGGCAUGUGCCGCCACACGGCCAUCUACAAGGUCGACCUCAGCAAGGCGCUCAACGUGCGCUGGCUCGCGCCAGAAGUGUGGAAAACGGGCGAGACGAAGCCGUGCACCGACGUCUACGCGUUUGGCGUGAUGAUCUGGGAGCUGUUCGAGAUCCCGUACAACUCGCCGUACGCGUCGAUGAAGGCCGGCCAAGUCAAGCAAAAAGUCAUGCAGGGCUACCGGAUGAAGCCGCAGGACUGUAUGCCGAAGGAGAUGGCCGACGUGCUCGCCCUCGCCUGGCAUCACAAACCCGAGCGCCGCCCCACCGCCAGCGAGCUGCGCCUCAAAUUGCGCCCCAUCUGCAAGAAGUACUGCCCGAACAUUGAGCUCGAUGACGAGUCGGGCGGUGACGAAAAGCCGCCUCCCGAGAAGAGCUCAGUGGGGUCGCAAGAGCGCCGGAAAGAGAAGGACAAGGGCACCGCGACGGCGAUGCCUGCCGCAGCUGCCGACAAGAUGGAGAAGAGCGAGGAAGUGAGCGCCGUGCCGGCCGUCGACGGCCUCGCGCCGUGCACCGCCGUGGAGGCUUCGACCCCGCUCACCCCCGUCGACGCGAAGGAGCACUUCGUGCCCGACGAUGAGGACAGGCUCCCACUCGACGAGGAAGUGACCGUGCCGGCCGUCGACGGCAUCGCGCCGUCCACGCCGGUCCACACCGCCGUCGAGUUUACGAGCCCGCCAACCCCCAUGGACGUGAAGGAGGACUACGUGCCCGGCGACCACGACAAUAAGCUCGACGAGGAAGUGAGCGCCGUGCCGGCCGCCGACGGCCUCGAGCACCUCGGCAUCGACGUGACGUUCGUGAGCGCAGAUCUGCUGAAGUGCCCCGCGGGAUACGUACAGUCCACCAUCGGGCGCCUGUUGCGGGUGGAGCUGCGCCCGGUCAGCCACGCGAACACUGAAGACGCCAUGCACGGCCCCGUUACGACUCUCCGCCUGGCGCGGGUCGGGUGGUUUUCCGAUGAUGAGGUCGAGCGGAUGCGCGUGGCGCUGGUCGGUGAUGGGCGGCUCAUCUUGAUGAAGGACGGGCUGUUCCUCAUCAACGUUCUGGUCGGAGGGCGCGGAGGUUAUGAGCGCGAAGAGACGGGGAGCAAAACCGGCCGAAGCGUCAGCACAACGGGCGACGAGAUCGAGCCGCUGAUGGGCGAGCUGCCAAAGACCGCCGCCACCACCACCGAUGGCCCGUGCGGCUACUGCCACCGCAUGGUCGGCCCGUUCCGGCCAGUCUACAAGCGCCCAUGCUGCAGCGUGUGUCGGCGCAUCAAAGAACAUCCCGAGAAGCAGAACGACUGUAUCCAGACGCCCGCGUGCCGCUACUAUCGCGAGCAGCGGGAGCUGCCAUCCGGCGAAGGCGACUACUCGAUGGUACCAUCCGGAUGUGGCGCCUGUAUCGGUCUGCAGCUCGCUGACGCGCGCGACAAGGCCAAC